UGAAUACUUCUCUUACAUUUUUUUUCCCCACUCCAUCUUAACGCGGAAGUCAAUGACGCACCACUACACACAGCUGCUCAGCGGGGAGGAAUGAAAUAAACAAAUCGUCGUCACUCGGUGUCGAACACAGCGGGCAGUGCGCGCACAGUGUUGAAGUUCAGACCAUCAUGCCCUUUGCUCUGGCGGCGGGACAGGAAGUGUGUGUUUGAGCGUCCCUGGUUGGAUCUGCUGGGAUGAACAUGCCACUGCAUCAAAUCUCUGUCAUUCCCCGUGAUGUCACCUCGUCGCGGGUGUCUGGCAGCGGGAAAGCUAAGGACAAGGACAAGGACAAGGACAAGCAGAAUGAAAAGCCUCUGGGUCAUUCUGCCAGCAGGUCCAGCAAUAUAUCAAAGGCGGGGAGCCCGACUUCAGUCAACGCUCCGUGCAGUUUCUCGAGGACGUCAGUCUCGCCCUCCAGCCAGGACAUCUGCAGCAGUCAGGAUCAGGAGUGUCAGAAGCAGACUGCAGUGGUUCUGCUGAGCCCUUACUGUAAAUCCUCUCAAGGGUCAGGAGGCGUUUCAGUCGCUACUCUCUGCACGGACGCGCUGCCUGCGUCCAAACAUGCCAAACAACGAGACUGGCUCACCCUGCUCCGCCCCUCCUCUGUCAACAUCCGCACCAACGGCUCGCUCAGGUUCUCCGCGUCCCUUAACGAUGUGGGCCAGCGUGUGGACGGUCUUUGUCGGGGUCUGCACUUCAUAGACCGGACGUGCUCAGAGGGAGAGCUGGAGCUGAAGCCUGAGCCCGCUCCGUCGACUGGUUCGGAUCGCAGGGCGCACACGCUCAACGGCCAGCUGGCUUCCUCACCCGCACACCAGAACCCAAAUACAUCCUUCUCUACACACACCCACCCCCAUCUGGUCCCCUCCUUCACCAACAACUACAAGUGCAUGUUGGGCGUCCCGCCUGCAAAUUGUCUCCCGUCUGACUCUACCGUCAUUGCCCCUCCUCCCCCUCCCCCUCCCCCUCUUUCACACAACCACCUCCAUCCCAAACACUCCCCGAGCUCCAACUUCCUCCGCCGCCUCCUCCCUUUCUCCCGCUCCUCCACCUCGGCCAGCCUGCAGUGCUCUGAGAUGAGCAGCUACGCCUCUCACCUCCACAUCACCAAGUCCUCCAGUGCCCUGCUGGAAGGCAGCGAGGCCGGCUUUCCCCAAGAGGAGCUACUGGGAGAUGACGACGUGUUUGAGGAGUCCAGUCCUCCUGCAAAGGCAACCGGCAGGCGUCCUCCCCCGCUAACAAUCACAACGGCCCGGAAGGGUUCACAUCUAGCCCCCAUGGUCUUUAUGGACGAGGACUGCGACUUGGACUGUUGCCCGUCCCCUUUUUCGGAGAAAAACGAGCCAAUGUCACCUUUUUCACUCUCUGGGGACUGCUGCAGGAUUUGUCACUGUGAAGGGGAUGACGAGAGUCCUCUGAUCACACCAUGCCACUGCACGGGGAGCCUGCGCUUUGUCCACCAGUCCUGUCUGCAGCAGUGGAUCAAGAGCUCUGACACGCGCUGCUGUGAGCUCUGCAAAUAUGAGUUCAUCAUGGAGACUAAGCUCAAACCGCUGCGCAAGUGGGAGAAGCUACAGAUGACGGCGAGCGAGAGAAGGAAGAUCAUCUGUUCGGUCACGUUCCACGUCAUCGCAAUCACCUGCGUGGUGUGGUCGCUCUAUGUUCUCAUCGACAGAACGGCGGACGAAAUCAGACGAGACGGAAGAAUCCCAGGGGUCACGGACUGGCCUUUCUGGACCAAACUGGUGGUGGUGGCGAUCGGCUUCACAGGUGGACUGGUGUUCAUGUACGUCCAGUGCAAAGUCUACAUCCAUCUAUGGAGGAGACUCAAGGCUUACAACCGGGUCAUCUACGUCCAGAACCGGCCCGACACGUGUAAAAAGGUGGCGCUGGAGAAGCCCCCUCUUCUGGAGCCGAGUCUUGAGAACAAGGAAGCGCUGGUCCCCGCCCAGUCGGACACAAACUCCUCCCAGUACACAGAGACAGAGGACUACAGUAUGGAGGUGCUCCAUGUCUGACCACGCAGUCCAUCCUCAUAAACACAAACAAACAGGCCCAGAGGGAGGAGCAGUGGAUGUGGAAAUGCUCUUAAACUGAGGAACAAGCCGACACUCCCCCUCCUCUGAUCCCGCAUCCUCGCCUGGUCAAGUUAUAAACCCACAACUCUGCCAGAGACCACCAGACCAGGACUAUCUUCUUCAAUCAACAUCCCUCUUGCCAGAUUUGAUCCCUCCCUCCACACUGCCUCCUCUUUCCUCUUCCCAGGACUGGACUGUUUUUACGGACUUCUGUAAAUGUCUGAAGAGGCCUGGGGCACACCACUCUAUAAACACAACGCACACACACACACACACACACACACACACACACACACAAACUCAACCAUACAACAAACACAUUUCAAUGUUCACCUCUGGGAGAGCAGGACUGAGACAAACAGACUCAAAAUUAGCUCCAGAGGGCUACACGUCUCUGAUGUGUGGUUUGUUUACUUGUGGGUUUUUGUUAGAUUUGUUUGUUUUUACCUCCUGUGAGUCUCGGGCUAACCUGCCGUGGAUCAGUAUGUAGCGUCGCGCAUCGGAUCUCUGGACCAAUCCACCCACUGCCAUCUCUGCGUCGGUAUGUCGACCCUGGGCUGGUCUGGAUCGGACCAGGCCUUGAUCUGGACAUGCAUUGAAGCACUUUUGUUUUUUUUAGUUACAUGAACAAACCCCCUCCCUUCCUCUUGCUCCUUUUUGUUUCUUUAAUAUGAUUUAAGUCUUACAUGUACGAUGUGAAAAGCAGAUUCAAAAAACCUGGAAUUCUUUGUUUCCUGUUUAUUUGACUUUGCAUUCCCUCGUACGCACAUAUUUAAACCCUUCCAUGGAUGACAAAAAAGGAAAUGGGGUUAAAGAAAGGAAUCAUGUUGAAAGAAAGACGUGUGUGUUGUCUGUCAAAAUAGAAAAAAAAAGGUUUUGAAUACGACAUCAGGCUAAUGAAUCUAAUGCAGAAAAAGGAAAAUCCAGCCACAUGACUUCUCUACCCCAACAUGAACUUUCUGAAGGCUUUGAGAAUGUAAACUUUUUAAAAAAUAAAAGAUUAAAAAAAAAAUAAAACUUGAAAAAAUAAUAAUAAUCAAACAACAUUUUUUUUACUGGUCAAAGGAAGUUACGAGAUAAUUUCCGUGUCUUGAGAUCAUAACGAGAGCCUUUUGGCAUAAACAGCGUCGCUCAUGUUUUUCUAUCAUGUGAAUGACACAGUAUUUACAGAGUGAUAUUCCCUGUGCAGUUUUUAAUAUGUCUGAUUUGUUUGCUUCGUCACGGGAUACGCUUUGAGAAAUCCACAGCUGCCUAUUUUAGUGCGCCCUCCGAGAGCUGCCAUCAUGCAGGCGGUGCAUCGAUUGGCCUCUGACAGAUAGUCACAGUCUGUGUGUGUUUCUACAUUUGAAUGCUUCUGGCAAAACUUUUACUCUGAAGGUCAGAAAACACAGUUACAAUCAGUCUCCUCAACUGGAUUGACACACUUCAGCACAGUGUUUUCUAAGAUAUCGGAUGUUUGUAUUGGGGAGCAUGUCAGACAAGCAGAAGUCUCAGCUUCACCAUUAGAGAAGUUAGAGAAGUCUAUCAUAGCUUUCAUUUACAAGAUAGAUGCAAUGUGUCCUCUCAUUUGAGUGUUUUCUCACAUUUACCCAUAUGUUGUUUAAAUAAGCCAAACUGUUACAGCUUUUCUUUUCUAAAAACAAAGCACACGUACAGCAAAUGCAACGUUUCAGCACGCAAGAAGUUUUGAUGUUUUCUCCACAUUCAUCGACAAACAAAACCUUCAAUUUGAAUUUAAAGUGCUCCAUCCUAACAUGCUACCUGUGACAGACAAACAGUAGGCCUCAUGUGUGAGCUGACUGGAUCCAUCUGGAUGUGCACUUUCAUAAAGGCAGCGGUGGAUUUCUCAGGGCGAUAAAGUGUUUUGUGCUUACAGUCAUUGUAAGUGCUUUUGUGUACGUGGGAGCACAGCGAUGCCGGGCUCAUGUUGAGUCUCACAGCCAUUCCAGCAGCACACAUACACACACGCACACACACACAUUUUUAAAAACUGUCUUUGAUACCAGUAUACUGUCUGUGUGAACAACAACAAAGGUCCAACAAACAUACCUGACAAUUACUGCUCAGCAGCAGCAAUAAGUGAAACCUGCGCUUUGGUUUUUUGCGACAUUGCAAACUGUACUCGUGUAUUAGCCCCUUUGCGACGUGAGAUCUGGAGUCUAAUAUGAUUUAAAUACCUGAUUUGAGCCGAGGGAAUUGUUGUGUGUCAAGUUGGAUUAAGACCUAGUAAAGAGAAGCUUCUCUGAAACUUCAUUACCCACGAGGCUCAGUGCAAUUAGACAGAUAAAAAAGUGCAAUUACCCUUUUGUUGUUAUUCUAUUCUGUAGUUAUGUAACAGUGUUUAAUGUCCAGGAUGUCAUCUGGGGGAGAAGAUGAUUAUUUCUUCACUCUUGUGUUGUAUUUAUUUUUCAAUGAGAAAAGUACAAUUUGUUCAUAAAAAAAAAACAAAAAAAACCUUUCAUCGGUAAUUUUAUGCAACUUACACUUUAUUUGAUUCCCAGGCAUUAAUACAAGAAAUCACUUUCACAUUUUGUUCUGCACUUUAUCAUUCAGAUAUUGGAGUAAUUAAUUAGCUCGUAUUCUCAUUUGAAUGUGAAUAUCUGCUUUUCUUUUUCCAUUUUUUUUAAUGUCUUGAUGAGUUUAGUUUUAAAUAAGCAGAAUAUAGACAUUAAGAUUUAGCAUUUCAUUUGACAAAUAAUAUUUUAUACAUAAAAACAACGUGGCAUAUUUAGUUUCCUUGACAUAGAAGAUUUGUUUGUAUUUUCUUCUCAUAGGAGCUGGCUCCUUUCAUGAAGUCUGAGAAAGACGUUUUGAUGUCCCGAUGACGACUGAAACCAUGUUAGCAGGCGUGCUCCUCUCUGGGAGCAGCUUUUUCUUUCUUCUCUCAUUUCUAAGGGUCUCCAUCAGCAUGAAUUGAUUUCUCCAGUGUAAAAUUCUUUCAAGCAGGACGUCAGUCAGCCUGACUGUCCCAUCGCUUUGGAUUGAAGUCUAGACUUUUCUGCGUCUCUACCUUGUCGCUUAAUCGUGUCUGGGAAGAGUGUAACUUGCAUAAAGCUACAUUUGUUUACUACUGACUGGACUUGAACAUAUAUGACUGUUUCCCUGUCUUAUGAUAUCAUUCCACAAGUUUGUCUGUGAGUUUUCUUUGGAAUAGUAACUGUAAAGAAUUUGGUAUAAAGUACUUAUGUUUUUAAAAAGAAAUAUUGAUGUGUUUUCAGUUUAAUUUCCCAUUUGAACAAAGUAUGUAGAAUUAAAAGAACAACCAAAUAAAAAUUAAGUUACUUUUAA